AAAUCCUGGAUAGAAAAUACUUUCACCAAGAGGGAGUGUGUGUAUAUUAUACCAAGUUCAAAAGACCCCCACAGAUGCCUUCCAGGAUGUCAGAUUUGUCAGCAACUUGUCAGGUGCUGUUGUGGCCGCUUGGUCAGACAACAUGCUUGUUUUACUGCAAGUCUUGCCAUGAAAUACUCCGAUGUGAAGCUGGGUGAAAACUGUAAUCAGGAAAUAGAAGAAUGGUCAGUGGAAAAACAUACAGAACAGACCUCUACUGAUGCUUAUGGUGUCAUCAACUUUCAAGGUGGCUCUCAUUCUUACAGGGCUAAGUAUGUGCGAUUGUCAUAUGACACUAAGCCUGAAGCUAUUCUGCAACUUAUGCUUAAAGAAUGGCAGAUGGAGUUGCCGAAGCUUGUUAUAUCUGUACAUGGGGGCAUGCAGAAAUUUGAACUUCACCCACGCAUCAAACAGUUGCUUGGCAAAGGUCUUAUUAAAGCUGCAGUAACAACAGGAGCCUGGAUUAUAACUGGAGGAGUGAACACAGGUGUUGCAAAACAUGUUGGUGAUGCUUUAAGAGAACAUGCUUCCAGAUCAUCUCGAAAGAUUUGCACUAUUGGGAUUGCUCCAUGGGGAGUGAUUGAAAACAGAAAUGACCUUGUUGGAAGAGAUGUGGUUGCUCCAUAUCAAACCUUGUUAAACCCAUUAAGUAAACUAAAUGUUCUAAAUAACCUCCAUUCCCAUUUCAUUCUGGUGGAUGAUGGAACAGUUGGAAAGUAUGGAGCAGAAGUUAAACUUCGGAGAGAACUGGAAAAAACUAUUAAUUUGCAAAGGAUUCAUGCAAGAAUUGGCCAAGGUGUGCCUGUGGUGGCACUUGUAUUUGAAGGUGGCCCCAACGUCAUACUCACGGUUUUAGACUUCCUUCAAGAAAGUCCUCCUGUGCCGGUGGUAGUAUGUGAAGGAACUGGUAGAGCUGCAGACAUACUGGCAUAUGUUCACAAGCAAACGGAGGAGGGAGGGUAA